AUGCCAGUAUCACAAUGUCUACGUAACAAAUAUAAAACUGUUCAAGAUUAUGUAAAACAAUUAAAUUUAUUCCCAUCAUAUCCACCAUCAACACAUGAACAUGAUAGACAAAAUGAGUUAAUAUCAACACGUUUCUAUUUGGUUACAUUGAUUGUCACAUUAAUUAUUUUUUUCAUUUAUGCAACUGUAAUACCGCGAGCAAUAACAGUAUCAAUUGAAUCACCUUCACUGAAACAAUAUACACAACUCUAUAAAAAAUAUGGACAGGCAUUAACCUGCCCAUGUUCAGCGAUCUCUGUUCCUUAUACAAAAUUUAUUCAACUUUCAGUUACCGAAUAUCAUCAAUUAUGUUCAAGCCAAUUUAUCACUGAUGAUUGGAUUAAAUAUCUCAAUAGUGAAUCACCGGACCAACUUUAUUUACGAGAUUUUCGUCGUACAGGUGGUUAUUCAUUUCAAUUACUAUCUAGUUUAUGUCUAAUAUCCUAUCAAACAAUCAAUGAUGAAUUACUCAUGUUUCAAUUAACAGCCUAUAUUACACCAUCAUUAGUCUCAAAUACAACAUUUUAUUUACAAACCCAGUCAUUCAUAAAACAAUUUCAAUUGUCAACAACGCAAACAUUUUUACGUACAUUGAAUUUUGUACAAAAAACAACACAAGCAAAUGGUUUGAUCUCUGGUUUGUUAACAAAUUUUCGACUUGAACUUUAUAAUAUUGUCAUUGAUUAUAUAUAUGUCACUCCAUCAAUUUAUACUGAUAAAAACAAUUUAACAUGUUCAUGUGAUGUUUCAUCAAAAUGUCUUGAACCAUCAGCAAUAUACAACAACAGAAACAACAGCUUAACAUUAGAUCUGGAAUUUGUUGUACCGGGAUUUUAUUUAAGUUGUUUUAUUGUUGAUUCAUUAUUACAAUCAACAUUAGAAUGUUUUUAUCAACGUCAAUGUAUAGAUAAAAUACAAUCAUGGAUAACAACAAACUUCACCAUAGUAUCACCACUUGAUCCAACACUUAAAAGCCAAUAUCAGCCAACAACAUCAGUUCAAGAAAUAGUUAGCAAUUUAAUGAUUGAACAAUGGUCAACAACAAUAUCGUUCAGUGGCUAUUAUGAGGAAUGUCUCCCAAAAUACUGCUCCUAUUCUUAUGUACACUCAUUUAAUUUAGUGUAUGCAAUAUCAACACUUCUUGCAUUAAUUGGUGGACUCACAAAAGUUCUAAAAACUAUCGUACCGAAUGUAGUGAGUGUAAUAAAGCGAAAAACAAUACCAUUGAAUGAAACUACUGGUAAGAAACAAAAUAAUCUUUUCUUCAAGCUACGUAAUCAAAACUACUUGGAUAAAACUUGUUUUCCUUAUCAGUCUCUUAUCACCCUGACUCGUGUUAUAAAGGAUGUCUUCAAAAACUUUUCGUUUUCUUCCCACUUCUUUGUGCAACUGCUCCUUUCAAGGUCGAUCAAUAGGUAACUGGAUCUCAUGUCUGCCAAAAGACGAAGGGAAAGUUUUUGCCCUCUCUCGGAACCACUAUCUUCUCUCAUCUACAAAAAAGCUCUUCUGCUCUCAAAUGUAGCCAAAAAUAUGAUGAUGGGCAAACUGAUGAUAUUUGAUCCAUCUAAAUUUUGAAAAUGUGCGAAUUUCGUCAAUUGGAAAAAUUCACUUUUUGCACGGAAAUAUUGCUACCUUACGAGAAUAGGCGAAUUGAGUGAAAAGACUAAAACCUAAAUCGCUGAACAGAUUUCCACGAAACAGGAUGCUUAAAGGUUUGAAACCAUGCUACCAGGCUAGCAAAAAACGUCUUUCACUACCACAAGUAGGUUUUCUGAAUCCUUCUCCUCAUUAUAUAUGAAAAUGUUUUCUGUACAACUCUCUGUGGGGGGGGGGGGGGGGGGGGGGGGGGGGGGGGGGGCGGGGGGGGG